AUGAUUCAUAGUGUAUGGACCCUGGACGGCAAAGUAUACCUUAAAAAUUCGCCUAAUGGAACUCCUAUAAGAAUUUUGGAAUAUGUUUAAUACGUAGAAUUAGCAGUUAAUUCUAAUAAUCCCUCCCUUUUCUUUUCUUUGGAAAGGGGAUACGAUUUGAGAAGUUUGGACUGACAGCAGCUCUAGGAUUAUUGUUUUAUAUUACUGGCCGGCUUACGGCAGUUACGGCACCCGAUAGUGUUACUAUAAUUCAUUUGUGUUUCUUAGGCCCGUUUCAAACGUCGUGCAAAAAAAAAGGGAAACAAAAAAUGUACUUUAUUUGAGUAUCAAUGUAUUUAGCACGAAAGUGCCAAUUGGGGACACUAUAUUCGUCUCCUACUGGAGACGGGACCGCCAUUUUACGUGGUCAUCCGAGCCACGCGAAGGUCUAGCCAUUUGCAGGGCAAGGGUAGUACCUUCAUUUCUCUGUUAUUUUAAGACCCUGAGUAUUGGUCCGAUCCCAGGAAUCGAACCCGCAACCUCCCGCUCUGUAGUCAAGCGCUCUACCGACUGAGCUAAUCCUGCCGCGGUACAACUGCGUGCCGAACUCAAUUGAUCGAAUUAAAUUCGACUUUAGCACGGAAGUAGCGCGACGUUUGAAACCAAGUCGUGCUACUGCCGUGCUACACGUCAGUAGCUCGACUUGGUUUCAAACGUCGUGCUACCGCUAUGCCGAACUCAAUUCAUAAAUUUAAAUAUAUUAGAAUACAUUUAAAAGUUUGCUAAACUGUUUCUUUAUUUUUGUGUUUUGUUUUCGGUAACAGCCGUUCUACUUCAACUGAAUUAAAUUCAUUCGACGUCUGAAACCAAGUCGUGCUAGUGUCGUGCUGCAGUCGAGCUACAGUCGAGCCAGCUUAGCACGGCAGCAGCACGACGUUUGAAGCAGGCCUUAGUUGCCUUGCACCAGAUUUUCCGUGUUUUUUCUUUCUUUCUUUGUUGGUGUUUGUUUUUGUUUUUUUUUGGUUUUUCUAGUUUAAAUUUUCAUGUCUCACAUCAAGGUGUUAUCUUCAAUUAUGAGAGGCUUAGUAAUCAAAACAAUUGGAGCAAUACAAAGCGCUUUUUCAUUGUUUUUCUGUUUCUCUGUUAUUAGUCUUUGUAUACUUUUCAUUGCCAUUGUUCAACUUCUAUAUCGUUCCUGUUGGGUGUUAAUCGGUUUGCUGCCUUUCUGUUCGCCUAUACCCUCAUUUCCUUUUGUCUCUGCCUUGUAAUCAUCACCUUCACGCUAGUUAUUAGUUCCUUGAAUGUGAGGGGCCUGUCAAACCCCCUGAAAGGCGGGAAACAUUCCGGUGGCUUAAAAUGAAAAACUAUGGAAUUUUUUUUUCAAGAGGUCUAUUGCACUAAGGAAAAGGAAUCCAUUUGGACGUCAGAGUGGGGUUUCACCGCUAUUUUUAACUGCUUUUCCAGUGCAAACACCAGUGUCUGUAUGUUAUUUAAAAUAACUUUCAAUUCGAAAGAAUCAGACAAUAUACUGAUAAAGAAGAGAGAUUUAUUGUUAAAAAUAGAUGUGAAAACAGAUAACAAGGUUAUUACUUUGGCAAAAAAUGUUCCCCCAAUCAAAACCUCAUUCCCUUGGAAAAAGCCGCGGCCGAAAACCUCCGUUCUUCCGAUAAAUUUUGCAAAGAAACUUAUCAGAUCAUCGUCAAAAGAAAGACUUCCGCGCCAGUGAAAAGCCAGGAAAAGUGGCUUUCUGAGAAUAUUUUUUCAAAUAUACAAGUGAACUGGGAAAACACCUAUCAGCUACCAUUUUUAUAUACUAUGGAAACAAAAUAAAGAGCAUUCCAAUUUAAAUUUCUGCAUAGGAAGAUAGUUACAAACGACUUCCUUCUUAAGAUAGGCAAAAAGGAAACAGACUCAUGUUCUUUUUGUGCUGAUUCCACAGAGACACUUAUGCAUCUUUUUGGGGACUGUAGAUCUGGAAAUACAAGAUUGCAAAACCAACUCGAGGAUGUGAGAAUAAAAGCGGAAAAGCGGGAAGAUGAAAUAGAAGAACUCUACACCCUCCAAGACGAUUUAGAACAGUAUUUAAGGAAAAACUCACUUGAAAUACAUGGAAUACCAGAAAGCGCAUAUAAAUCCACAGAAGACGCAGUUAUUCAUGUGGCCAAAACUCUUUACGUUGUUAUCGGACCCGAGGAUAUCGACAUAUCUCUCAAGCUCCAUUUAACCGCCGCCUGGUUAGCUCAGUUGGGAGAGCGCCGGUCUGCCGAGCGGGAGGUCGCGGGUUCACACCCCGGCCGGACUAACACUCAGGGUCUUUAAAUAACUGAGAAGAAAGUGCUGCCUUUGUAAUGACAUCUGCAAAUGGUUAGACUUUCUAGUCUUCUCGGAUAAGGACAACAACCGUAGGUCCCGUCUCACAGCACUUUCACUGAUUUGUUCUUGUCGGACGUAAAAGAACCCACAUCACUAUUCGAAAAGAGUAGGGGUUGUAGACCCCGGUGGUGUGGCUAACCUUUACGGGUUGUGGGAUUGGGUAGGGAUGGCACCUCGCAUGGGACCUGAGUCCCGUUCGUGCUCAUUCCCUCUGGGCAGGGUUGUGUCCAGAAAAUCUGGUAAAUAAAUAAAUAAAUAAUGAAGGUGAGAAACCGAUUAUAGUGAAGUUUAUUAUAUAACGACAAGACCAAAUCAAAACUUUACAAGAGGAGAACAAGUUUAGAAAACAUUAAACUAUCUUAA